AUGCCACCACUAGAAUACAGAAGCCCUGGAGAUGGAGGGAUUGCCAUAGGAGAUUUGGUGGACCCCAAAAUUGGUGCUCAAUUGUCAUUUUCAAAUAAUCAAAAUGAGACUAUGGGCUGGAGAGAAGGUGCUGUAUCACCCAUGCUGGGUUCUCUCUCUGGUUCAGUGACAGACUCAGUAGAAGGGGAGUACGUUGAACUCAGCCCUCCACAUACAGAAUUAGUAGGAAAAGUUGAAAGUCCCAGAGACACAUGGGCAUCACGAGCCAAGACUGCGCCAAGUAGAAAAGGUAAAAAAAAAGGACACCAGGCAUGGAUGCACCAGAAGAAGCCAGGGAAGGUAGGUUCUUUGAGCACUUUAAAGGGAAGAUCCCAAGAGAUAUGGGAAGACAGAUUUUGCACAGAAGAAGCUGAAGACCAAGCAAAGUCUGCAGUAGAGGGUCAAAAUUACUGGGAUGUUGAGACAACAAGUUAUUCCAAUGACACUGAUGUGUUGGCUGAGUGGAGAAAAGGUUUGGAUCUCCUUCAAAGACAAGAGAGAGACAUAAUUCCUGAGAGACAGAUUUGGGGUUCUUCUGAGAGACAGUUAUGGGAUGAUAAAAACUGUUCAGAGGAAAACAGGGCACCUUCUUGGGUCACUGAGAGAUCUGUCAGCCAAAAAAGUUCUCAGGAAGAAGACCGCUUAUCAGAAACGCUUACAGAAUGUUCUUUAAACGUUGAUAGCCUUAAGGAAAGAGAGGUCUUACUUUCUAUAGAAGGCACUGGAGAUGCUUCUGAUUGCCAAAGAAUUCCAACCGGAGACAUUUUGCAACAACCUGUAGAAAAACAAACAGAAACACCUACAAAUAAUAAUUCCAUUUUUGCAGAUAGUUGUCAAAGUGAAUCCCAACUGGACUUUACAAAACAGUCACCUAAGGAAGCUAAGCAGCCACUGGACACUCUGCUGGAGGUCUGUGAUUCAAGAGAAUCUUCGCUGACUAGGAAAGGCAGAACAUGGGCAGAUGGUCAGGAAACAUCAAAGAUACAAAACGAAGGAGACAUUGCUGCAGAUACUGUUGAGGAUCCAUCUAAUGAAACAAAAAAACACCCAGAAAAAGGAAAACAUCCAGUUUGGAGUCAGGUUGCUGAUUUAUCCCAUAAGACUGGAAGAGGUAGGAGGAAAAAGAGGAACAAGAGGGGGAGGGGACCCAUAAGGGUUGAGGCAAGGAAAGCAACUCACAAGGUUGGGCAGAAUAAAACUGAUGCCAAGCAAGAAGGACCUGAACUUGAAACUGCAUCCAAAGAAACAGAAAAUUCAGUUGGAGUGGAAGAACCAACCAGUUUGGUUGAUAAAGAACCAGAUCCAUCUUCUUGCCAGAAUCCUUUGCCACAAGCCCCUCUUAUUUCAGAUUACAAAUGUCUGCACAAAAACGUAAACUGGGACAUAUUGGAAUCUGGGGUCUUCUGUUUGACUGGGGGACAAGACCAAGACAAGAGAGCACUGCUAACUAUGUCUCCUGCCAAAGCCCCAUCUGGAUUCAGCCAGAAAGACCUUCAGGAAACCAUUGUGUAUUUUUUCUCUCUUCUCAGGUCUGAUGUGCGUGAUUUGGGAAUGACCCUCAUUUUGGAUCUUCGAGAUUGCACAGCCAACAAGGAGGCUUUCUUAGAAAUGCUUCACAACAGCAAGGACUCAGUUCACGGCUGUAUAAAUCGCACCUUAUUUGUUUAUGAUGAAGAGAAUGCUGCUACAGUUCAAAGUGACCUUCAACAAACACAGGUUGUGUUAGCAUCAGAACUGACAAAGUAUGUUGAGGCUGAAGAGCUCCCGGAGAGUCUUGGAGGAGAGAAGCCUUAUGUGCACGCUGAGUGUGUGGGAAGCCAACGGUCUCUCAGCAAGCUCCACACAUUGUGCUGUGAUGUACUUGAGUCUCUGGAGAAGGUCACACAAGAGGUCAAAGCUGACACCACAGAGGACAUUAAGUGGUUAAUUUCUCAUCACCGAGAAGCCAUGAAGAAAACGCUGACUGAUGAAAGAUUGCAGAAGUUGCAGAGAGAUGGAGGUACUCUUGUUGCCAGACUCCAGAAGUCGCCUUACUUGAGAUUAUAUGACCCAGUG